AUGUCUUCAAUCUCCGACUACGUUGAUCUUGGACAGCCAAUGUUUUGGUUGUCUGCAGCUAGUAUCUGUUUCAACCCUACUUUCUGGAACUCGGCCGCAAGAUCAGAGUACCACAACAAGACCAUCACCAAGCUGUUUGGUGGCAACUCGCUCUACGGCUGCUAUGCCCUCGCCGUGACAAUCUUCACCCUUGGAAUCGUUCGAGACAGCAUCUACGAGCGUGCUCUCCGAAGCCAACCUACGCACCCGCUUCUACUCGGGCCCGUGUCUGAAGCCCUGGCCGUUGGUCUGUUCGUCUCGGGCAAUGUCCUUGUUCUGACGUCCAUGUACGCCCUCGGCAUUACAGGCACCUACCUCGGCGACUACUUCGGCAUCCUCAUGGACGAAAUGGUCACCGGCUUCCCCUUCAACGUCUGCUCGGCACCCAUGUACUACGGCUCUACCCUCAGCUUCCUAGGAUCGGCAUUGUGGUUUGGCAAGCCUGCCGGGGUGAUGUUGACAGGACUGGUAUUCUUGGUCUACAAGGUCGCUUUGACGUACGAGGAUCCAUUCACUGGUGGUAUCUACACCGAGCGGGAGAGAAAGCAGAAGGCUGAGGGCAAGAAGGUGCGUUGA